AUGAAUGACUUGAUGACAAAAUCGUUUCUAAGUUAUGUAGAAUUGAAGAAACAGGCACAGAAGGAUUUUCAACAAGAUCCUGACAUUGAACUAGGGAACCUCAACCCAACACAAGACCCUAAUCUCUCUCAAUUCUUCCAAGAAGUUGAAGCAAUCAAGAUCGAAAUGGAAGAGAUCACCAAUCUCUUGACAGAUCUUCAGCAACUGAAUGAAGAGACAAAAUCAACUCACAGUGCAAAAGUUUUACGCGGGCUAAGAGACCGAAUGGAUUCUGAUAUGGUUGCCGUGCUUCGCAAGGCGAAUGUAAUCAAGGCAAGGUUAGAGGCUCUUCAAAAAUCAAACGUCGCGAAUCGAAGCAUGUCAGAAUGCUACAGAGAAGGAAGUCCUGUUGAUAGAACAAGAGUGUCUGUCACAAGUGGUUUGAAGGUCAAGCUUAGGGACAUGAUGAAUGAUUUUCAGUCUUUAAGGGACAAGAUUGUGUCGGAUCAUAAGGAAGAUUUGAAGAGAAGGUACUAUACUGUAACGGGUGAGGUACCUAGUGAUGAGGUUAUGGAGAAGAUGAUAUCGGGGAGUCUCAAAGUUGAGUUUUUGGCUGGGAAAACGGAUGCUGAUAUGGGUACUCAGGUUAGGCACGAGGCGGUGAUGGAUAUUCAGAGGAGUUUGAAUAAGCUUCAUCAGGUUUUUCUUGAUAUGGCUAUUUUGGUUGAGACUCAAGGAGAAAAAGUGGAUAACAUUGAAGAUAAUGUGGUGAAUGCUGGUCACUACAUUCAUGGUGGAACUAAUAAUCUUUAUUAUGCAAGCCAGUUGAAGAAGAGGAACAGGAAAUGGAUCUAUUGGGUAAUUGCUGUUUUGUUAAUUGUAGUGCUGGUGUGUAUCAUUGCAAUGGUGUCUUCUUGA